UGGUGGAAGGUGCGUGCAGGUGUCGCUCUAUGCAGGUGGUGCAACAGGUUCCAAGGCCUACUAGAAAACGUGUACUUCUAAGUUGUUGUUUUUGUAGGACAUUUCUGGCAAUCGAAUCAUACAUCCUUGAAACAUCUGCGGAAGGAUAACAUAUUCAGCUGGCUGCACAGUUUCAACAACUUCUUGGAAUUCGGUACACUCCCCCAAACCCACCAUGGGGAAAGAAACGAAGGUGAUGCAAGUGACCCCAGCAGACGACACAAACCCUGACGAAGUGGGCAACGCGCGCGGGACGUGGGACAGUCAAUGCGAGUUUUUCCUCUCGUGUCUUGGAUACGCUGUGGGGUUCGGCAACGUCUGGAGGUUCCCAUACCUCGCCUACAAGAACGGCGGAGCGAUCUUCCUGCUGCCGUACACGAUCAUGCUGCUGGUGGCUGGGCUGCCGCUGUUCUUCCUGGAGCUUUCGUUAGGACAGUUCACCAGCCUCGGCCCCAACAAACUGUUCCUUAGCCUGUCUCCAAUUUUUAUGGGACUGGGAUGGGGGAUGUUGGUCAUCUCGAUGCUGGUUGCGAUCUAUUACAACGUCAUCCUGGCGUGGUCUCUGUAUUAUACCUUCGCUUCAUUCACCAGUGUUCUGCCCUGGGGACAUUGUAAUAACACCUUCAACUCUGACAACUGCUUCACAGCUACAGAUGCCAAUAUAUGCCGCAACCAGUCAAUGUUUUACUACAAACAAGACUGUGUCGAUGUCGCCGCAUACUGCCGGCUCUCCAAGCUCUCGGCAUAUAAUCUAACUCAUUGUGUAGACCCGACAAAUUCUUCUAAUCGGAUCCUUGCGGAAUCUUCUCGGAAACUUAUCUCUGCGAGCGAAGACUAUUUCAAGAAUCGUAUGCUGGGCCGCACUGAUGACAUCACGUGGGACAACAUGGGCGGUCUGAACUGGGAGCUCGUCGGGUGCCUGGCGCUGGCCUGGAUAAUCGUGGGUCUCUGUCUGAUAAAAGGCAUUAAAAGCUCAGGGAAAGUGGUUUACUUCACUGCCUUAUUCCCCUACGUCGUGCUGGUCAUCCUCUUCUUCAGAGGCAUUACCCUUGAAGGUGCUUACACCGGAAUCGAGUUCUACAUCCUGACGCCGAACGUCACCAAGCUGAACGAGAUCGAAGUCUGGGCGGAUGCUGCUACGCAAAUUUUCUAUUCCUUGGGAUCUUCGUUUGGUGGCCUUAUAACCCUCGCAUCCUACAACAAAUUCAGGAACAACUGCAUGAGGGACGCGAUAGUCAUAGCCUUCAGCAACUGCGCGACUUCGGUCUUCGCAGGUUUUGUCAUCUUCAGCUUCCUCGGGUUCAUGGCGGUGUCGCAGGGCACGACAGUUCCUGAGCUGGUCACAUCAGGAUCCGGUCUUGCGUUCGUGGUGUACGCAGAGGCCGUGACCAACAUGCCUGUGCCGCCGCUGUGGGCCUUUCUUUUCUUCUUUAUGCUCAUCACUCUGGGGCUGGACUCGCAGUUCACUAUGGUGGAAACGCUCUCGACGGCCGUGUUUGAUCAGUGGCCGGUGCUGAGGUCUAGAAAGGUCCUCGUGGUGUCGUUGAUGAGCCUGGUCCUCUUCUUGUGCGGCCUCACGAUGGUCCUGCAAGGAGGACUUUACAUGUUCGAACUCUUCAACUUCUACUCUGCCGGCAUCUCCGUCAUCGUUAUGGCCCUCAUCGAGGUGUCACUUAUCUCAUACGUGUACGGCUUCCCGAGGUACAUGAAGCACAUCACAGACGACAUGGGCAUCACAGUUCCGAAGCCUCUCUACGGCUACUGGGCCAUCACACUAGUUUGUCUCACGCCCAUUUCCCUUGUGGUGAUAUUGGUUAUCUCGGUGAUGGAGUUCGUACCUGCCUACAUCGGAGACUACGUGUUCCCCCCCAACAUCCAGACGCUCGGGUGGUUCAUCACAGCCGCGUCCAUAGUGUGCAUCCCUGUCCUGGGGGCGUACGUUGUAUGGACCGGCCAAUACAAGGGCAAGGAGCUGGUAUUAGCGACAAAAGACUUCUGCUCGGCGCGCGAGCGAGCAGGACUGGGGGCAUCAAGUUCUGGGGUGCCCAACAGCACCUUCAGGUACACCUACGACAACGAUGGCUUCCAGACAACUACCGAAGCCAAGGUUAUUCCUUCCUCGAAUUUCCACGAGCUGCCUCCUCCGUACAACGGUCACAUGUGACUUUCUUCUGAACAUUAUAAGUAGCGUUUAACUUUUUUCUUCUCAUGAGUCAUUUCAGUGUAAUGCUAAUAGAGAUAUAAAGAAUAAUAUUGAGGUCAGUUUUCAAUCAGCAUUUGCGUUCAUGAGAUGCAAAGCGUUGUUGCUAUCAAGGAUGCAUGCUGCAGGGACAGCAACAUUACAAGUCAGGAAGGUUUUCGGUGUCAUAAAAUCUCCUUCAAAGAUAAUUUCGACAUAGACUUUAAAGUGUAGAGGGCCCAAAGGAGGGCAAAUAUACGGAACACGUCCAACCUUACAUC